AUGUCAGGUGACCUCACUGUGGUUGAAUCUAUGUCAGGUGACCUCACUGUGGUUGAAUCUAUGUCAGGUGACCUCACUGUGGUUGAAUCUAUGUCAGGUGACCUCACUGUGGUUGAAUGCAACCAGAACGCCGGCGGCUGGAGAGGUAACCAUGGCAACCACACCGAAUGGGUCGAACCCGAGUACACACAGGAAGAGAUCGAUGCGUGGGAGGCGCAACAGAAAAAAGCGCAAGAGGACUUUGCCGCACAGAAGAUAGCGGAGUUCAAGGCCCUCAAGGCAGCCAAAGCCACCGCAGCUGCCACCACACAGCAUCGACUGAAUGAGCUGACUAAGGACCGGAUCGCUAACCUACUGAGCCAACAGAAGACGUUAAUGGCUGAGAUUGCGACCAUGGACAAGACAGCCAAGAAGGAGGCCAUGAAGAAACUCAUGGGAUUCGUGGAUGAGAUGAAGAAGCUGCGACAACAAAUGGAGAUACGGAAGAGUGCAGCAAUUGCGCAAAAACCUACACCCGCACCAUUGCCGCCUGUUGCAAGUGCAUACGCUGCUCUCAAUCAACCACUGCCGGGGUCACGUAAACAGUCGACAUACAGGAGUGCUGCUGUGCUAGCAUCGGACGAGUUAAAGCGGUUGCAGCUGGACAACGAGCUGAAUGCCAUCGCGCAGGGCAAUUCCGAGACCCCCACAGAUACCCCCCACGCAGCCCCAGUAGACCCCCCCGCCCAACCACCCCGCACAUAUACGCCCACAAACACACCACAAACGGCGCAACAGACACCCAUGCAGGCUGCUGCACAGGCACAUGUGAAGCCUAUGGCCCGGACUGUGAGUGCUAAUCCAUUGGUUACCAGUAAUAGUAUAUAUAUCAGUGGGGUGAGCUCGGCGGAGGAUAUCGAACAGCUGAGACAGAUGCUUCUGAAGUUCGGUCCUUUGGCGCAGGAGAGUGCCAUGACUGUGCGCGGGAAGGGCAUUGUGGCUAGCUACGCUAUGAAGGAGUCGUGCGCGAAGGUGCUGGCUGCUGGUAUCGUUCUGAACGGCAAGAAACUGCCUAUGGUACUGUGGGUGACCCCAACCGCUAACCCCACUCCCGCUCCCGCGGCCAGUGUAUCCGCCAUUGAGAACGACGACCAGAUUGUGUAG